AUGGCGUCCGUGCAGGCUGGCUUUGACACUCCUCAGUGGAGCAAGGUCUCUGGCCUUUGUCAUAUGUGGGAUCAUGUUCAAGCUACACGAGCUGAAAAAAAAGACCAGACUCCACUGACCAAGCAAAGUGAAAACAUCAUCUGUACGUUUUGCAAUGGAAAAGAUCCUUGUGAUAAUGCUGAAGAUAUCGAUCAUGUAGACAAUGAGAAGGACCUCUUGCUUCCUGAGGAAGCCUGUAACCAUUUCAUAGAAGAAGACUUGCUAGAUUUAUCUGAUGAAAACGAUGAAAAGGAGAGUUCCGUUUCUGAUGCAGCUUCUGAAGCUUGGGUGGCGGGAAGAUAUCCAAACUGGAAGGAUGAAGAUGAAGAAGACUAUGAUGACUAUUCGUGCACUGUAGUAAAUACCUCAGAUCGUAAUUAUGUGGAAGAAGAUUGGGAUGCAGAGGUACUUGAAUCUGUGGAGGACCCAUAUGACAUUGAAGAGCUGGUAGAUGUUCACAGUGAGCAGCAGCGUGGAGUUGUCACAGAGUUCCAGUGGGCCGAAAACACAGCAUUUAAUCCCAGUUUACGUCAUAAACCCAGUACACCCUUAUGCUUUAUGUGUAAUACAGUAGAGAAAGGACAGUUUGAGGAUGCAGACCAGUAA